CAGCUUAUGAUUCUGAUGAAUGAUAAACGUAAACGCGAGGAGAGACAACAUCGGACGGCGGCGCAACUCAUGGAGAUACUGGAGAUGCAGAACCAGAGACCAGAGACCAGAGCAGUCACCAGCUAACUGCAAGCUUACUGAUUAUAGGUACACUACUCGAAUAGAUUUUUGCUGACUAUUACAAUCGACGGCUGUGUACUGGGUACUUGCUACUUGCGUUAACUAUUUCAAGCUACAGUUAAAUCUAUUCAUUAUUCUAGUAAGGUUAUAGUGAAGAUUUACGUCUUGGACAUUGACAUCUAGCGGGUGACAAUUAUAAAUGUAUGGAAUUUUUUUGAUUGACAAAGAGGGCUUAUAUAUUUUGAAAUUACAAUUGUAAGUAAUUAAUAUAAACGAGGGGACUCCAAAAUAUGAUAACGGGCCAUUUUAUUUUGUGACGUUAUUCGCGAGGAUUUUACGUCAUUUUGGAGCUGGUAUAUGCGGUCUGAGGUCUAAGUUAAUGAGAUUUAUUUAUUAUCGUUAUCAAUGACAAUGGAUCAAGAAGUUUUAACGACUCUCAAAUUACUUAUGAUAGGAGAAUCGAACGUCGGAAAGUCAAGUAUUCUAUUGAGGUUUACUGAAGAUGAGUUCAAUGAAAAUAUGCAGAAUACCGUGGGCAUGGAUUAUAAAACAAAGCAAAUGUCUAUUGAUGGCAAUGUUGUGAAGCUUGCAAUCUGGGAUACUGCCGGACAAGAAAGAUUUCGUACACUGACACCGAGUUAUUAUCGUGAUGGUCAAGGUGCUAUACUGAUGUAUGACGUUACCGAUCGUAAUACAUUUAUUAAAUUGGAAACUUGGUUAGAUGAAUUAAAUACUUACUGUAAUAAACUUGAUAUUGUUAAAAUGGUUGUUGGUAAUAAGAUAGAUUUGCCAGACAGGCAAGUUACAACGGAGGACGGUCUAAAAUUUGCUCGGAGACAUCAGACACUUUAUAUUGAAAGCAGUGCUAAAACUGCUGACGGUGUGAAAUGUUGUUUUGAGGAAUUAGUUCAAAAGAUAUUACAGACUCCUGGUCUAUGGGAGCACAAUAAUUCAUCACGAAUUCAAAAUAUUCCUGGUGGUGGACCUCGUCAGCGGCUGGGAAAACGUGGAAUGCUAUUGACUGAUGAUCCACAGACACAAGAUCCCUAUUCUAAUUGUUAUUGUUAAUCGUGCACAUUUAUACACAACUUGAUUGAAUAUUUUAAUAUUUAUUAUUAUUUGUAAAUAAAUAAAAAAAUAAAAAUUUUAACACUUUUGCAUUCUCAUCCAGUA